AUGGCUUCAAGGACCUCUCCAUAGCCAAAUUCAAGGCUGCUGCUGCACAGGUUUGGGGGCCGAACGAUUUUUUACAUGCGGCUACCGAGGCCUAUACCUCCACCAUCGAUACUGAUCGGGGUUUCCGGGACGCUGUCCUCGAGGCAUUCGCGGUGCAUGAGGACCUGUCAGAUGAUGAUGAAGCCAAGACAUCCAUCCAGAGCCUAGGCUCACUUCCCUAUGAUCUUCUUCUGUACUUACAUCGGGAAGGAAAAUUCCAGUGUUAGUACAGCAUGCUGACCAGCUCGACCUUGCCUUCAAAUAAUUGCUUUCUAGCCUUGGCGGCCGGGGGCUUGUAUGGUGACCGCAUCAGUUGGGGACAAGAACGAUACUAUGAAUUUGAUAUUGAGGUGGCUUUUAGGAUCGCGCGAUGGCUAUUGUGAGAUAAUUCUUAGAAAGUUAACGUUCGGCACGAGAUGCGAAUCGAAGUGUCAGGACGCGAGCCAAUACCGUAGGUUUAGCGUCAGAUACGUGGCGUUCUUCAUAAUGGCCAUUCAAACCGUGAGCCACAGCUCAAUGCCCUUACUUAGAGGACCACAAUCGUGCCCCUCAAGCGUAUUCCUAUCGUCCGGCAAUGUCGGGUUCGGAACGGGUUCGAAAAAGGGGACCGCGCAGGUCGACGCAAGGUGUGGGCGUUGCGCCGGCUCCGGUGCCCUCGGCCGUGGACUGGGUUGCGGCUACCCAUGCAUCACGACCCACGCUGUGCAAGUACUCAAUCCCAGUCACUCUGUCGCCAACUCUCACGAUACUUCUUCUCAGAGACAAAGUCAAAUAUAUCAACGUACAGGGCGAGCUAAUCAUAGUCAGCCAUGCUAUCGCCUUUGCAAGGAGGGCACAUCGCCUCGAUUCCCGCCCGCUGUUGGAAGAGGAGUGCGCUGCCAUGGGUCGCGUCACUGAUUGGUCUGGAGGUUGGGUAGAUUGACACGCUACGUACGGUGGUGACUGGACAGCUAGCUUUCGCCGUUGCUGCACCUCGACGGUUGUCUAUUUUUGUCAAGACUGUUGUUGGAGCCCUUCACGCCUGGCAGAAAACA